AGCAACCACUCUCUUCUGGCUUAAACACCAAAACCCAGACUCUCCGGUCUCUCCCAUAUCUACUACCCUUCAAAUGCAAGUCAUUUUCUGUUAAUUUUCAUAUUUUUAUUUUUCAAAUAAAAAGGUGUAGCUCUUUCCGCCGCCAGAUAUAUAUCCGGCGUUAUCUCCGGCUGAGGUAAUUUGAGUGGGAGGAAGCUUUUGAGUGUGUUUCAUUUUGUAUGGCUGGAGCUCGAUCUUUAUCAAUGGCUUCUACGAGAAAAACGGCAUCUGGUUGGUUCCGGAGGGAUACUAGUUCGAGCUUUUGUGUGUGAAUCACACUCCUGUGCAGAGGGGAAGAUAGUCAAGUGAGUUGGUGUCGUCGAUUCAGUGAGUCUGUGAAAUUGGAUAGCAGCGGAAAUGUCUUUCCAGAAUAAAAGCUUUUGGAUGUCAAGUGAUGUAGGAUGUCUAACUGAUGGAGAGAUAGGUUAUGAUAGUUCCUCAAGAAUUGAGCCAAAGCGUGGACAUCAGUGGUUUAUGGAUGCCACUGGACCAGAACUAUUCAGCAACAAAAGGCAAGCAAUUGAAGCUGUUGGUAACAGGCCAGUUUUGGGAACUCCUCACAUGAACAUUUCUCCAUGGCAUAAUGCUUCCAGUUUUCAGUCAGUUUCAGGGCAAUUCAGUGAGCGCCUGUUUGGGUCUGAGGCUGUGCGGACUGACAAUAUGGUUGAUAAAAAUGUUCCUUCUGCUGCUGGUGGAAAUAUGAACAUAAAUAUUGGAAGAAAGGAUUUCAAUGAUCAAUAUGGUAGCAAUUCCUCCAUGGGUUUGUCUGUGUCUCAUACCAUCCAGGAUCCCUCAGGAUAUAUCAGUUUUGGGGGGAUCAGAAAAAUUAAAAUCAAUGAAGUUAGGGACUCCAACAAUGACAUUUCUUCAUCCAUGGGGCACUCCUAUUGUCAAGGAGAUAACAGUGCAAUUUCAGUGGGUACUACCUAUAGCAAGCAUAAGAGUGAUGCCAUAUCUUUGGGUCCAGCUUAUACUAAUGGGGAGGAGAAUACCAUUUCAGUUGGCCCCAACUUCAGUAAGGCAGAUGGCAAUUUCAUUUCAAUGGGCCACUUCUUCAACAAGGUAGAUGGAAAUUUCAUGUCAAUGAGAAAUUAUAACAAGGGAGGUGACAAUAUCUUAUCAAUGGGUUUGGACAAGGGAGAUGCCAACUUUAUAACAAUGGGUCUGUCAUAUGAAAAGGAGGAUAGCAAUAUCUUAUCAAUGGCUCAUUCCUUGAGCAAGGGACAUGAAAAUUUCAUUUCAAUGGGCACCACCUAUGAUAAAGCAAAUGAGAAUUUCAUUUCUGUUGCUCCCUCCUAUAGCAAGGGAGAUGAUAGCAUCAUAUCCAUUGGUGCCAGUUAUGACAAGGCAGAUUCCAACAUGCCUUCCAUCUGUUCUGCUGAGGGAAAGGAAGUUCCCAAUGUUCUGUCCAUGGGACACAACUAUAAUAAAGGUGAGAGCAAUAACAUAUCUUUUGGAGGCUUUCAUGAUGAACUGGAUGCAAAUCCUUCUGGCACUACUAUUAGUGGAUAUGAUGUGUUAAUGGGUAAUCAGAACUUGGCUCAAACUUCAGGAGUACCUGGUCUAAAAGAUUUUGUUCAGUCAAAUGCAGACCCAACUGUAAUUAAUGCCUCAACAGUUAAUUCAAAAUUUGAUAUGGUCCCCAAGAACAAAGAUGCCAAGACAUCUAAGAAGGUUCCCCCAAACAACUUUCCUUCAAAUGUCAAAAGUUUGUUAUCGACUGGAAUGCUUGAUGGGGUUCCUGUGAAAUAUGUUUCAUGGUCAAGGGAGAAAAAUCUUAAAGGAAUUAUAAAGGGGACUGGGUAUUUAUGUGGUUGCCAGGAAUGCAACUUCACUAAGGCUCUGAAUGCUUAUGAAUUUGAACGUCAUGCUAGCUGCAAGACCAAGCACCCCAACAAUCAUAUUUACUUUGAGAAUGGAAAGACCAUUUAUGCAGUUGUUCAGGAGCUCAAGAACACCCCACAGGAGAUGCUGUUUGAUGCAAUCCAAAAUGUGACUGGGUCUCCUAUUAAUCAGAAGAAUUUCCGCAGCUGGAAAGCAUCAUAUCAAGCUGCCACCCGCGAACUUCAGCGUAUCUAUGGAAAGGAGGAAGUUGCCAUGCCAUCUUGAGAUGAAGAUCCUAGUUUUGGAAAAAGUAAGGCAGUAUAUUCUGUGUAUAGCCGCCUAUAUAUUUGGUAAAUUAUAAACUUGAUUUGGGAUUUUAAUAAUUAUGAGACAACAUUUAUUUAUAUAUAUAUAUAUUUAUCUUUUUCUUAGAAAACAAAAUUCUUAAAAUAGAGUUAGCUAUCAUGUAUAUAUAUGAUUAGCACUGGAGGUUCCUUCUCCAUUUUUAGUUGAGGUGACAGAAGGGGUUUGAUGGAAGUCAUGCAACAAGCCCUUUUGGGGAGAAGAUGAACAAAUACUUAAUUGCACAACUGAUAGAUUGAAUGAAUAUCUAUGCCCUCUUAGUUGCAGGAUUGGCGAGCGGCAGUGUGUUAAUGCGAAUGCUAGUCCUGGUGUCUAGUGUGAAUUGCUAGUUCUUCAUUUUGUUCCAGAUUAUCAGUUUUCUUUGCAUUUUUCCAUCUCAAAUUGUAGUAUUUGCCACACAUUACGAUGGCAUAAUGCUUAAUGAUGAACAUUUGAAUAAUGGAUUAGAAUCUCUUAUGAC